GGCUCAACCAGGUGGACUCGGCUUUCAACCGUUGAUGAGCUGAUUGUCCGGACACACACGGCAGUCUGUGUGCAGAUGUUCGGACAUAGAAGCUAUCUAUCUGAAGUGUGUUCGGAGUUCGCCGCCCAUCAAAUGCCCUCUAUGCCCACUUCUGUCCGCUGUCUGUGGCUAGCAUCAUAUUCUAGGACACAGUUGGGCGAGGCGUCCGGGUACCGAUGACAGCCAAUAUGCAAUGGUCGGGCAAGUGCGUGCGUAGCUUAUUGAUGUCUGUACCCGGAUUCGGUGACCACAUUCGAUCGGAAGACUUCCGUCUAUGCGCCCACCUUUCACGUCACUGACGCGUCGCAGGUUCAUCGGCUCAAUCACGCGCAACCGGCGGUUCGUCAAGUCGUACUCCGCCAUGUCCAUCGUCCUCUUCACCGCGUCGCUCGUCUCCUCGGGGCUCUUCCUCUGGACGCUCUACACGGAGAAGAACCUCACCACGGACUGCGUCGUGUCGAACGCGAACAACAACAUCACGAUCGACCAGUGCGACACGCACGUCAGCAAGGCGGGCAAGAUCAUCAUCACCGUGGUCCUCUCUGUCCUGAUACUCGUCCACCUCUACAUCGUGGUCGUGAUUCGGCGGUACGUCGAGCAGCUGGAGGACGAGAGUGACCUCUGGCAGGGCCCGUACAAGCUCACGACGACGGACAUCAACCAGAGCCUGAUGCAGACGAAUGUGCCCUACCCGUACGCCGACGGGUUGCACUCGUACGGCAACGCAUAAGCGUGCCCUCUGCGUUUCUGUUCUGCCAUGCUCCGCCCAGGAGCGCGGCGGCCUCCCGCCCGCUACGGA